AUGGCUGACACACACAACCCCCCGCCCCCCCCCCCUUCCACAGUGAACCUCAACCACUUCCGUCUUCUUAGAGUAGUUGGCCGUGGCGCCUUUGGCAAGGUCCGUAUUGUCGAACGGAAAGACACAGGUCUAGCAUUUGCUCUCAAGUACAUCCGCAAAGAUGAAGUCGUUCGGUCUGAAAGCGUGCGCAAUAUCAUACGUGAAAGACGGAUGCUUGAACACGUAAACCAUCCGUUUAUCUGCAACUUGCGCUACAGCUUCCAGGACGUCGAAUACAUGUACCUGGUUGUUGACCUCAUGAGCGGCGGCGACCUGCGCUUCCACAUCUCAAGAAAGACAUUUACGGAAGAAGCCGUCAGGUUCUGGAUUGCAGAGCUGGGCUGUGCCCUUAGAUAUAUCCACAGCCAGAACAUCAUUCACCGCGAUGUCAAGCCAGACAACGUGCUACUUGACGCCGACGGUCAUGUCCAUCUCACAGAUUUCAAUGUUGCCUCCGAUAUCGUCCCGGGGAAGCUCCUGACUAGUAAAUCAGGAACAUUAGCCUACCUGGCGCCCGAGGUAUAUGCAGGCCAUGGCUAUGACGUCCGUGCGGAUUGGUGGUCUUUGGGUGUUACAUUCUACGAGUGCAUCUACAACAAGAGGCCGUUUGAAGGUAACUCGGAGUCGACCCUAAGUACCGUCAUUCAGGCCGCAAAACCCCGAUACCCCGUUACGCAGCCACCCGUCUCGUUGCCUUGCAUGUAUGCCAUCCAAGCAGCCCUACAGCCGGAUCCGAACAAGCGUAUGGGCUCCACAUGGGAGAGCUUCAUUCAGCACGAAUUCUUCCAAUGCAUCGAUUUCGAGGCGCUGGAGAGGAAGGAGAUUGAGCCGGUGUUUGUUCCAUCUCCGGAGAAGAGCAACUUUGACGCUACAUACGAUCUGGAGGAGUUAUUGCUGGAAGAAGCACCACUAGAGGCCCGCGCGCGGAGACAAAAGCCGAGGGAGAAGCUGAGAGAAGACGCGACAGACAAAGAGAUCCGGGAGGAUGAGCUCUACCGCAUGAUUGAGACUGACUUCCGGCCCUUUGACUACACCGUUGCUGCAUACAAGAAGUAUGCCAAUGCCAAGCCCCGUCUCCGCGCCAGGUCCGAUGUGACGACUGCUAACCAAUACCUGCUUAGGCUCCAGCAGCAGCAGCAGCAGCAGCAGCAGCAGCAGCAGGAGGAGGCAGGGGCAACGAGCGGGCAGGAUGGUGUUCCCGGUCAGGCGAGCACACAGCAGGGCCCGUCCCUUGCGCCUGAGAAUCCUGUCACACCCUCUUCCCCCAACGGCGCGGUUCGCCCAACCUCUUCUCAUCAUCAGCAGCAUCAUCUUGGCCAGGACGCGACGAGCAUAAACGGUAGUAAACUCUAUCGCCCGCUUAGCAACCACAGCUCGCGCCGUGUCGCUUCGUCCGGUGCCCCGCCCUCUUCCGGCACCUCGCAUGGUCAUGGCUCGAACCAGAUGAUUGUCAACUCGCCCACGGGUGGCGUGCAGGUCACGCUGGAUGGCGGCAGCAGCUGGAGCGAACUCGCAAGGCAGGACGCGACGCUGCCGGCAGACGCAAGCGGUGGGCUGGGCGAUCUGGGCGGUGGUGCUGGUGGGAAGCAUGAAGGUGGUGGUGGUGGCGUGUUUGGGUUCUUUAGGGGUAAGAAGGGGAGGGGAAACAGUCCUAAACCUAAGGAGAGAGGUGUGUUGGGGAAGGAGGGUGCGAGAGUUGUUAUUGGGUAG